AUGUUGAUAUUGUGCAUUGAGCGUGACGAACACAAAGCACAGCGCUUAGGCAAAUCCAAGGUUGGAAGCAGUAUAAUCGCCAGUACGGAUGAAUAUCAAGAAAAGUUAUCUGGGAAUAUACAAUGGAUUUCAGCUAAUGGGAUAAUCCAUUCCGCAGUAGGAUUAGUUAGAUCUUCCGUCAUGACAACAAUGUUACAGGUAUCUUCCCGGUUACUAGUUGUGUGGGGAAUUUUAUAUAUAGUCCCAGAAGUUGCACGUGAUAAUUUGGGCGUCCCACUCAUUGUUAUAUCGUGGUCUAUUGCUGAAAUGAUUCGUUAUUCAUAUUAUGUAGCAGAUAUAUGUAGGGUCAAGUUAAAUCUGCUAACUUGGUUAAGGUUUUAUGGUUUUGUAUCCAACUGGGAUUUCUGUAAGUCAUAUAAGUUCAUGGGUAAUCAAUGA